AUGACACAAAAAGAUCAAAAAGUAUUUUAUAUUACCGGUGCAUCCAAAGGUUUUGGAUUAAUUUUAGUUAAUCAAUUACUUGAAAGAGGUUUUAAUGUCGCUGCAACAUCAAGAAAUAAGGAACAAUUAGUUAACGUAAUCAAUAAUAAAUUAGUUACAGAAGAAAACUUUUUACCAUUACAAGUAGAUCUUACAUCAGAUGAAUCAGUUAAAAAAUCAAUCGAAGAUACAAUUUCUAAAUUCACUCGUAUUGAUGUAAUUAUAAAUAAUGCUGGAUAUGGACAAUUUGGUACAAUCGAGGAAUUAACAGAUAAGGAAGUAAGGGAUAACUUUGAAUGUAAUUUAUUUGGUGUCAUUUCAGUAGUUCGUAAUGCUCUUCCACAUUUACGUACUAAUAAAUUCUUUGCCAAUGGCCCAAGAAUUAUUAAUAUAAGCAGUAUCGCAGGUUUUACUGGCUCAUUCCCAGGAUGUAGUAUUUACUCAUCAACAAAGUUUGCUUUGGAAGGUUUAACCGAGGGUCUUGGUGCAGAUUUAAAGGAGUUUGGUAUUCACGUUUCAUCAGUAAAACCAGGUUAUUUUAGAACAUCUUUCUUAGAAAAAGAUUCAAUGGCAGGACCAGCAAACCCAAUCAAAGAAUAUACUGCAGUAAGACAUGUUCAAGAAAUGCACCAAGGUCAAAUUAAUGGUAAUCAAUCUGGCGAUCCAGAAAAAGGUUGCAAAGUUAUUAUUGACCAUGCUUUAUCUGAAAACCCAUCAACACAUCUUUUUUUAGGCCCAGAUUCCAUGAAAUAUGCCCAAUCUAAAAUAGAAUCAAUUCAAAACGAUAUUAAAACAAACCAUGAAGUUGCUUCUUCAACUGACUUUUCUCAAUAA